AUGGAUGUAGCUCAAGUUGUCCACACCAAACACUCUAAGAAAUACAAGAAUUUGCCUAUUGGGGGUAGCCUUGGAGUUUACCCUGAUGCUCAAUAUUUGAUCAUUAGAGUCCCAAACUGCAAAAUUUUGAGUCUUCUUGCUCGUGCUAUGAUUUUGGCAUUGCUUAUUGUUUCGUUCCCUAAGAUAGGGGCGAUAAUUAGAGGACCCUCAUUGUUCUCUUCACCAGAAUUUGAUGCUUCUGAUGAUAUGAUCAAUCUUGAACUGUUGCCAUUGAUAUUUCGUGAUUUGACAAAUGAAGGCCUUAUGAAAGUGGGAGAUAAGAAAGCUGUUUUCAUAACCGAUGGCAAUGAGGAAACCAUUCAAAGGUCUCGAAUUCUAAACGACAAUGAAAUGGACUUCAUCUUAUUCAAUGACUUAGAUCAACAAAACUCGAUCCCAAGUGAAAGUUUCGAUUUUGUUUUGCUAUCAAACUUUCCUGCUGCUUCAGAAUUCAUUGACAGGACUCUCAAGAUUGGUGGCAUUCUCACAGUUGAACUCAGAGAAAACCCCUCCGUUGCAUUCCAUAAGCCCUCAAAUUACAAAAUCGUUUACCUUAGGCAGUUCGACUCGACCAUCAUGGCCAUGAGGAAAACAAGUCUUGUCGAUCUUAACUCAGCUACACAAAGAAAGCUAUUUGGGUAUGCCUCGGAAGCAAAAAAAGCAGCACUUAAGAAUCUCGAAGAUGUUCUCCUCGAGCCACCACGUGCAUCUUCAAAGAGAUCGAGCAGGUACUUGAAAAAAACAAAGUACCUUCCUGAUUUAAUGGGUGACUCGCUCGAGAGCUAUCCUCGACACGUGUUUAUAGAUGUUGGGUUGCCAGAGAAAGAAGGUGGCAGCGGAACAAGUUGGUUUGCGAAGCAUUAUCCAAGGAGGAACAAAGAGUUCGAGAUGUACAAGAUAAAGACCAUGACAGAGGAAUCUUCAGGCAAAGAGGUUUUGCAAAUUGGGAUGUCAGAUUGGUUGAGAAAGAAUGUGAAGGGUGAAGAGUACGUGGUCAUGAAAGCAGAGGCUGAAGUAGUGGAAGAAAUGGUGAAGAGCAAGGCUAUAAGGUUGGUGGAUGAGCUUUUCUUGGAGUGCAAGCCACAAGGACAUGGUGGAAAAAAAGGAAUUAGCAAGAGCAAGAGGGCUUAUUGGGAGUGCUUAGCACUAUAUGGAAGGUUGAGAGAUGAAGGUGUUGCAGUGCACCAGUGGUGGGGUUGA